AUGGCCCAGUCGGCCGUCAGCUGUUGGCAAGCAGCCUUUGCCCAACUGCCCCCGGAUACCCAAAAAGCCCUCGAUAGCAUCCAGAAAAAGAAUCCUACAUUGGGCAGCUCAUCUGCUGAGAUUGACGGCAUCAUUUCACUCUCAAAAGCGAAGCAAGCACAAUGUGAAUCGAAACAAUGGGUAGUCAAAAUAGGCUCUCGCCACGUGAACGUGCGACAUGCAUUCUCCAGGAUGGUUGACUGGUUAGACAAAUUCAAGGCCUUCGGUGAUAUGGCCAUGAAUGUUGACCCGGUCCAUGCCGCGCUUCCAUGGGCCGCCUUCCGCUUUAUCCUCCAGUCCUUCAUCACCGAACGAGAGCAGAUGGGAUAUAUCGUAGCCAUUAUGGAAGAUGCAGCGCGUCUAGUACAUCAUGGCAAAGUUUUCGAGAACCUGUAUCUUGGAGCCGGCUCCCGGUUACAGGACCCCAUCGGCCAAGAGCCUCUGAAUGACUUGCGAAACGAUACUGUCGAAUUAUACGUCGCCAUACUCGAAGGCUUAACAUUCUGCUGCUCCCAAAUGCAGAAACACCCUCUUCGUCGAGUGGGAAGCGCCUUGUUUAAACCUGAAGAUGCUAAGAAUGCAUCGGAGCGGCUUCAUAACCGAUGGGUGAAGCUCAAGGAACAAGCACAAAAGUGCGAUAGCUUGCGCAUCCUUCAAAUAUCAGACGAGAUUCAACGCCACCUUCCAGGCGUAUUUUCGACUCUUGACAAAAUCCUCGUCAAGAUGCAGGAUCAAGAACGAAUCGAGAUGCUGAAAGGGAUUUCUGCUACCCCUUACCGAGGUCACCACAUGGACAUCCAAGAAAGGAGAACCAAGGGCACCGGAGAGUGGAUUCUACAAAGCGACGAACUCCAGCAAUGGCAAGCCUCGGAGACCUCAACCAUCACACUAUUAUACGGUGCACCUGGCGCUGGGAAGACAUUCUUGACUUCUCGAGUUAUUGAUCAUGUUGAGCAAUCGCCGAACUUAGAAGGCUUUGCAUAUUUUUACUGCAAAAGGGAUGAAAAGGAGCGAAGCCAGCCAGUCAUCAUACUCCGGAGUCUAGUUCGUCAGCUCUCCUCUACCUUCCAGCGGUCAGGAGAGAUCCAUCAAGAGGUUAAAACCUUGGCCCAAAAUAUUGAGGCGCAAGCGUUGACUUUCAGCGUUGGUCUAUGCCAGAACAUAUUAUCAAAGCUCGUCUUAUCAUACAGCAACACGACUAUCAUUCUGGAUGCACUCGAUGAGUGCAAUAUGGGCGAAAGAAGCCAUCUGAUGACUUGUCUCAGCCAACUAAUUGAUCAGCAUUCAACUUUGAAGAUAUUCAUAUCCAGCCGAAAAGAUGCAGAUAUCAUCAGGCAUUUUGAGUCACAACCAAUCAUUGAGAUUCAUGCAACCGAUAAUCAACAUGAUAUUGAAUCAUUUGUUAAAGCAGAGCUUGCUCGGGACAAAAGGUGGGACAGCCUAAAGCCAAAACUCAAGCACAAAAUCAUCUCAACUUUAUUCCGCAUGAGCCGAGGAAUGUUUCAAUGGGCAGCUCUACAGGUACAGCACCUUACACAAUUGGCUUUCUGGAGCGAAAGCCUCAUCAAGGACCGUCUGGGGAAGCUCCCAAAAACUCUUGAAAAGGCCUAUGACGAGAUUUGGCAGAUGAUUCUCCUCAAAGACGGCAUAGAAUCGCGUUUGGCCAAACGCGCCAUAUCCUGGGUUCUGUGUUCUCCUCAACCGUUAACCACAGAAGAGCUCUCGAUUGCGAUUAAAAUUGAGACUGAUGGAUGUGACAAGUUGUUUGAUUUCCAUGACACGCUCAUGGAGAAGGACAUACUUUCCUUGUGUUGCAAUCUACUAAAGCUGGAGAAAGAGGUAGAUAGAUGGCAGUUUUGUCACUUGUCUGCUGCGGAAUACAUUGAAAACCGGCUGGUAGAUCAACUUCAGCCAUACAGGAAGACGGCGUUAGCUUGUAUCAAAUAUCUUCUUGCAAUGUGUCAUUGCCAGGCUAAUCGAUAUCUCAGUCUUGACAGGCUCAUUAACUGGAAUUGGCCCGAAUUUCUGGAAGGACAAGAAAACGCCGAAGAUGAAUUGCUUUGCCAACUGCUGUUUCGAUUUUUAGGCUCCCCGCAUGUGGGUAGCAGAGCAUACCGAAGUUGGGUGACCAAUUACAGGCCUUCGAUGUCAGUUCAAUGGACAUAUUCAUCACCCCUCUGGGUCAUUUGCGACUCAGGGCUGACCUGGGUCCUCGAAGAAUGGUGUAAGAACAAUCACAACGUCGAUGUAAACUCAUGCGAUGAGCAUAAUGAAUCACUGCUUCAUUUCGCAGCCAAAAGAGGUCACGACGAGCUGUGCCGCUUUCUUCUUCGCAAAGGUGCGGAUAUCACGAGGGGGCGCCUGAGCCCCCUGCUGGCAGCCUGCGUAAAUGGCGAUGAAGCUACAGUCAGGGUCUUGAUCGAAGCAGGUGCUACAAUUAACAAGGUAUAUGGGUUGGGGGAAGAAGCACAAACCCCGAUUCAAGCCGCCAUAUUAUCGGCGGGAGAACCUACAGCCGUUGUGCGACUGCUCCUAGAUCACCAAGCAGAUAUAAAUAUCAGGAAUCUUGCCGGCGAGACAGCACUUGAUAUUGCGAUUUUAAGUCAACGCAAGACCAUAAUUCCACUUCUCCUGCAUCAUGGAGCCAGGCUUGGAAACCCGAGCCUUUCUUUGGUAAACGCUGCUCAGAACAACAUGGUCGAUUCGAUUGAGAAGUGCAUUGGUGAGGGUGCUGAUGUAAAUGGUUCCUCUGAUGAGGGCUCGACUCCUCUGAUCGCCGCUUCGAUUUGCGGCCAUUUGGAAGCUAUUAAAAGGCUGGUGGAAUUGGGGGCAGAUGUUAACAUGAUCCAAAACUCAACAUAUCUACUUGGUGAAACUGCUCUGAUCAGUGCAGCUCGAAGAGGAAACGCUGGCUCCAUUAAACUCCUGCUAAGUCAAGGCGCCAACCCCAACAUUCACGGCCAGAGGACGAGCCCGCUCAUCGAGGCAGCUCGUCAUAACAUCACAAUCCACUGCCUAGAAGCUCUUCUAGAUGCUGGUGCCAAUGUCAAUUUUGCGUCUAGAACUUCCGGAGUAACGGCUCUGAUUAUGGCUAUUAGGGAUGCCAGGCCAGACAAGAUCAAAACCCUGCUAAGGGCGGGAGCUGAUCCCAAUCUUAGCAUUAAGAACUUCUCCCCUCUCACCGCCGCUCUUGGCCACGGAAAAUAUACCUAUGACUCGGACACCAUGGUGCGUAUUCUAUUAGAUGCAGGCGCCGAUCCUAACUACAACAAUGGCUUCUCAAACUGCCUCUGCCUUGCGGCAGUUGAUGAUUGCCUUAGGACACUCUGGCGGCGUCUGAUCGAGUUGGGAGCUGAUCCUACACUUACGUUCAAAGAAGGUCCCGGCAGCGCACUAGCAACUGCGGUACUUCAUGGCAACACCCGAUUUUGUCGUUUCUUACUAUCUCCAGAACUGGGAGUUAACCCAAACGCCCGACUACAUGGGCUCUUUGAUAGCGCCUUAUUUGCAGCUAUCAGAGGGGAAGCGGUGAGAGACGCCCGACUGCAUGAGCUCUUUGGUAGCACCUCAUUUGCAGCUACCAGAGAGGAAUCGGUGAGAGACGAGGAAUCCAGUAUCAGUUUCGAUAGCGAAUCUAGUUCGUCGAUUGAUGAGGGUUCCGGUUGGGAUUCGUCCUCCGAGGUUGCCACUAGAUAUCAAUUUGAGCAACAAUUCGACGAAGAUCUUGAAGAUAAUUUUAACCAGAUACUCGACAAUUUAGGCUACGAUAGACUUAACGAGACUUUUAACCAAACAGGCAGGAGACCCUUGGAGUCAUACCGCGAAGGCUCCAAGAAAAGCCCUUACAAGCCGUACCGUACUACAAGAAUUAUCGUCUCAAGUUCCUCAGAGGAUUCUUCAGAGGUUUUUUCAGAGGAUUGUUCAGAGGGUCCUUCAGAGGCCUCUCCAGAGGAUUUCUCAGAUGAUUCUUUAGAGGAUGACCUCAACGUGAUUGAAAUUCUCUUACGGUCUGGCGCCGACAUCCCUAUGCCCAUAUACCGCGCUCUGGGCCCCGUUAUCCCUGACCUGCAGCUCUGGGGCGCGGGCGCACAAUGA